ACUCAAGGUGAAUGUGUCUUUGCCCCUAGCUAUGGUAACAUGUUGGUAAGACGUUCUACCAUUUGGAUAGCUAGCUAACUCAACAAAUACCUUCUGGCAAGCUAGUUAACAAAGAAAAGGGAAAUAUAGUUGGUAACUUGCACUAAAUGUAUGCACGCAUACUUGCAUUCGUGCAUCUUGCCUACAUCAAAACAUGCAAUUGGUUUUGCUUCUUGAAUCCAAUUUCUCCAAGCUAGCCAGAUAACUCAAAUGUAUCUGUCUCACCCUUGUUUUGAUGAAAAUGACGAUAGUAAUGAGGCUCUCUAGUGGUACCACGGUGUUUGUGGCCAAGCGCACUGCUACGCCUCUAGGUUUUGGCGGUAGGACUGAGGUUUGAGCGGGCGAAUGGAAGCCAUGGAGAUAUCCAUGCAGGACAUUUAAAACCAAGCGGGCGAGGGGAUUUAAAUGCCAUUCAACUACUGCACGCGACAUCAUAGCAACUAUGGAAUUGUCUUCGCCGUUAGCUCGCUACGUAACCUUCUGGUCGUUUCGUCCCCUUGGUGUAACUCUCCCAACCUGCUUAAGCGUUUUUCCAUUUUACAUAUUUUCAUUUUAAAAAAAUUGACAAAGCAGACCCCUGUCAUUUUCUGAAGUGUUGCUGUUAAUCUGAAAGAGAGGAUGGAAAGCAGUUUCAGACCAGAUGCCCAUUUCCAGAGCUCCAAAGAACUGCAAUAUGGAUCUUGUCAUGACAGUGGAUAUCAGGAAGGUGGUUAUAGCCCUAAACUUGACAGUGGAGUUAAAUAUAAGCCCUCAAAGUCCUUUUCUUCAGAUUGGUUUUAUGAAAUGCCAAAAGAGAACCUUUUGCAAAGAUGUGAACCGCUCUUGUCACCCAAAAAGAAUAAACAGAAGGAGCUUGUCAGGAGUCAACACAAAGACAUCUUGAAGGAGCAGCCAUUACAGAACAGCUGGUGUGACACUCCUAAAUUAUCUAAGAGAGAGAUAUCUCUGAGACGACGUCUCUUAAUGUCUAAGUCCACAACAGAGGGUAAAACUUUGGACAACACCACUACAAAUAUCAAAACAACUCUCUCUUCAGUGAACAUGAGAUCUGAGCAUGGCUCCAAUGUAGUAUUUGACUCUCCGGAGGCCUUUUCUAUUGGAGCCUCGGCUACAAGCACUUUAAAACAGGAAGACCUGCUCCUGUCCGGUAGGAAACGGCGCUUCCUCUUCUCUCAUGUAAAAACCUCAACACUUGAUGAGGAUAAAUGCAAUGUGGCCCCUCUCUCUGAGAAAAGCCUCUCUGGGGCAUCGCUCACAGACGAUCUGGACGAGAGCAUCAUCUCUUCAGAUCACCUUAUAACUGAGAUACUGGAGACACCUAGCUACUGUAGGUUAGCGCUCUCCGCGAAGGAGAACUUCCAAACUCCAGUCAACCACCGCAUAGCAGCUAAUCUCUCAGACAGCCUGAGUACGCCGUCUUUCACCCCUACCAAGCCCCACCAUGACAGCUCUAUCUUGGAGGACAGCGGCUUCAGCUCCCUGGCUAUGGAUAAAUCCCAGGACUCCUCUGUGGACCAGGAUGGUUCGUUCCAGGAGCUGCUGCUUUCCUCAGGCGGGUCCAGUGGCAAGGAGAUCUCUGUUAGGGUGACUGAGAUGACAAAGAGGAGAUCUAGGCUGGAGCGCCAGUGUCGCCUCUCCACCCUCCGAGAGGGAGGUUCCCAAUCAGAGGAGGGGGACCGUGUUGCGAAGCCUCAGACUGCCCGCCCGGCUUUGCCCCAAGCCCAAGAGAAGAACCCCGUAGCCGAGGAGCAGCCGCUCCAUGUCCUCUCCAAGGAGGAUGAGGUCUUCCUGGACGGAACUCCGCUGAAAACGGCCACGGAUAAGCUGGAGGACCUGUUUCUGACCCCGGCUCUGCAGAUGGUCUGCGCCUUCUCCCAGAGGACCUCUAAGAUGCUGCUGGAGCAGACUAGCCUUGAGGAGCUGCUGAAAGCCUCGGAACAGGAUGCCCUCAGAACCACCAUGCCCUUGGCUGGGCUGAUUGGCAGAAAGAUGGGCAUGGGAAAGGUUGACAUAUUUUCUGAGCUGGACAAGAGGAACCUUCGACACAUCCUGGUGAUGGUACUCAAUCAUCUGGCCCCAGAAGACAUCUAUAGGGUUGGUCUGGUAUCCAAUAGCUGGAAUGAGAUAAUAUCACAAAACAAGAUGUCAAGCCGUAAGAGGAGACAGUACCUGAAGGACGUUAAGGCAUCGCUGGAGCUUGGCAGUUCAGCCCACGUUCCUGACGCAGAGACCCGGUUGAACCUGUCGAGUCGGUCUGCUCUGCGUUCCGUCCAGGCCCAGUCCAGGACCCCAAGUUAUACCAUGCUGACCCCCCAGUCAGCCACCGGAACCAGCACUUUAACCCCAAUCCAGCGCAGUUCAGCCAGCAGACAGGAUGCGUUCAUACAGGUAGCCAAAACCCUCUUCAGUGAUGAAUGUCUGAGGCCCUGCCCGCGCUGCCAGCAGCCAGCACGGUGUCACUCUGUGAAGGGAGAAGGCGCCUGCAGCCGGGUCGACUGCGGCUUCCGGUUUUGUACUGGGUGCCUUUGUGCCUUCCACGGAUCCAAGGAGUGUGCUAGCUUGUCGGCCAAGCGGCGUGGCAAGAAGGACCUGCUUCCUGGUAGUGCUCAGAGCAAACGCAACGUCCGAAGAUUGUGAAUGUGUGUUUAUGCAUUUGGUUGUAUGUUUCUUUUAAAUUGUUUUAUUUUUUUGUUUUUUAAUUAUGUACCUGAGCGAGGUAGGUCCAGUAGAAUUGAUCAAAGUUAUGAAAUGGCUACUGGAUGCUCUGCUGAUCCUUGCACAUUCAGCAAUGUACAGAAAGCCCCUGCCCCGACUAAGCUGUGUUCUGAACUUGAUUUUCGUGGUUUUAUGUCUGUGUAUAUAACUGUAUAUUUACUUUUACAUCUGACUGCUUUUA